CUCUUGACUCGUUCUGGUGACAUCCGAUUCUUCGAUCUCGCCAUGAGCGAAGGGACCGUGGAUGUGGAUGAAACGGAUGGAGCCCUACUGGGUCUUUGCGAGUAUUGUGGUGAACUGAAGGUCCUUGACCAAUUGGGUCGCUGUUCAACUCCGGAGGUGGAAGGCUCUCCGGUCCAUUGCUACUCCUGCGGAGAGCCGAGCGAAUUCUCCAGCAGCCAAGCUCGGAAGGGAAGCCAUGCCCGCUGUGACGCGUGCAUCGCCGCACGGCGCACGCAGCGCUUUAAGCCUUUCGAGCAGCUCGCACGACAUGGAGAACCUGCCAGUCUCUUGCAAGCUGUAGAAGAGAUCAAUGAGGAGCAGGGUUGGGCUGGGAUUCUGGUUGCCACCAGCUGCAGGGCUGUUGUAUUUUGAUGUUUGAUUCGUUUGAUGAAUAUUGAUGAAUGAUGUUUAUGUUUUCAUGGUUUUCAUAGCUAGAAAUUACUAGUCAUUAUUGAUGAUUAAUCUAUAUCAGCUUUAUGUUUUAUCAUCAUCUCGUUUUUGUCACUUGCCACACACACACAUGUUCCGCAUGUCACUGCUCGACCUUCUCGACCGGCUGUGGCUGGGCAAACACACUGAUCCGAGGAGUUGGUCAUGACGCUCUUGGAGGAAGGCAUUGAGGUCGACCAAGUUCGCCAGCGGAAGGUCCGGGCGGAUUCCACCGGCCUCAUUUGGCGGCCGGUGUACAGCUCCGACGGUCGGCCGGUGCCGGAAGAGGAUCCGUACCAGCCCACGACUCCACUGAAGAUGGUCGUUUUCCGGCUCUCGGAUUGCAUGCUGGAUGAAGCUGCUCGGAUGAGGCUGGUGAAGAUCGCUCAAGCUUUACUGGAGCAUGGAGCACCCCGAGAAUCGGCCAGGCUUUUAUUUGAAAGUCGCUAUGGGCCGCCUGAACCCGAACCCGGUGAUGAGAUGAACGCAUACACACAUCUCUAUACGCUUCUCAGCGCAUAAAUGCAUUUUCAUGCGAUUUCAGUUGCAGGACGUUGCGGGGAUGUGAAGCAUGUUUCCGCGCACCUCAAGUUGUCCAUCGACAUGAUGCCAUCAACAUGAGGGAGCGUCACGGUGACACUGCGCAAGAGGCGGCUCCCCUUCAGCACGUUCAUUCAGUUAAUGUACGUGGCCCUGUCUCCAUGAAUCCAGCUUUUUGGAGAAUGGAUCAUUCGGACCGUGAAGGAACGCGGUGGCCCGGCCAGUUCAUGAGAAGACACACGGACCUGGCCUCAUCUCUCUCCUCCCGGAAGGCCGGGAAGUUCACCGACUCUGAAGCGGAUCAGUGAUGGAAUCGAUAAAGCGGGCUGGAAAUACUCACUAUGACAUCUAUGACUCACUUGUCCACCUAAAAGAUGAUGUUUGCUGUUUGCCAAC